GAAGUGGAAGAAGGAUAAGAGACAAAACAGCUCAGAGGAGGAACGAAGAGUUUAUCAUCACCAAUAAAUUACCUUUGUUUUCAGUGCGCUAUUCCUUCCUUCUAUUCCUCAAGAUAGUUGAGAUAGAUAUUAUCACAUCACAUCUCAUCCCUCCCUUUGCCUGCAAGUCUUUCCUUUCUUAUUAUCGUUCUUAUUAUUAUAAUUUCAUUUCAUUACCUUUAUAUAUUUUAUUUUAUUAUUUUAUUAUUUAUUUUUCCCUUUUCCUUUUCGGCUUUUCUUUUGACCUUCUCCUUUGGCCUCUAAACCAGAUCUCCAUUCACUACCUUUCCGCCUUGUUAUCUACUUCUACUUUCUGCCCUUGUAACCCUUUCUUGGAAACACUUAACAUUUGUCUCCCUUUCCUGCCUCCGUGAUUUGUCUCUUCCCUUACACUCCUGAUUCCACCUCCAAAAUCACCCAAUGACCCGUGUUUGAUACGCAUAAGGUCUCGGAAAGGAGCAGAUUCAUAUUUAAGAUCAAUCUGCCCUUGUUUUGCUAAGUUUCUACCAUGGCGAACCCAAUCACUUCAGCAUGGCGCUCUUUUUGGCAUACAAUGACUUCUUACGAUCGGCAUGCAUCCCACGACUCCCCUUAUCGAACGGGUCAACAUGUACCUCUUAGCCAAAGUCGACAUGAGCCUCUGACCUCGAUUGCAACAAGCGCCAUUGAGUCGCGACCUGACCUGACCGAGACCUACGAGGAAGAUCAGCUCAAAGGCUCAACUGGCCCUAAUGGUUGGACCGGCUCCCCCACCGGAGUUGGCUCCCCUACUCGUCCUUACUCGCCCGGAAUGCGAUCGCUUUCUUCUCAGAAGCGCCGCUCAACCGAUCCCGGUGCAGAUGGCGUCCCAGAAAUCCAAAUGCAGAGUUUCCACGAUGGCGCUCCACCCCCUCCCCCAGUGGCCCAUUCAUGGAGGAAGAUUGAGCGAUGGCUAGAGAAUAACUACGAGGAACUUUAUGACAAUCUCUGCGAAGGUUGCACCCAGAACGACAUCAAUGAGCUGGAGCAUGACCUGGACUGUAGCCUACCGUUGGAGGUGCGAGAGUCUCUGAUGGCACAUGACGGACAGGAACGCCCCGGUUUGCCUACCGGUGUUGUUUUUGGGUGUAUGCUCCUGGACUGCGAAGAAAUAGUCCAAGAAUGGAAGAACUGGAGAAUUGUCAACGACGAAUUUCUGAGUUCCCCUGGCAUUAUCAAUACCCCACUCCCUAAAGCUGCGGCAUGCUCCUCUUCGGCUGCCCCGCCAGCUCCUACCACAGGGUCAAAUCCGUUAUGGAGGCAGGAUCUUCUUGAGCGACAAGACUCUCAGCCGCCGGGUGCUGUUCAGAAAGCAUAUGCCCAUCCUGCUUGGAUACCCAUGGCUCGUGAUUGGGGUGGGAACUGUAUCGCAAUCGAUCUGGCGCCAGGACCCGCAGGAAAAUGGGGCCAGGUCAUCAUAUUCGGUCGUGAUUAUGAUUGCAAGUACGUUAUUGCUCGGUCUUGGGCUUCUUUCCUCGCAGUUAUGGCCGACGACCUUUGCAGCGGCAAGGUUUCUGUAGAUGAAGAGACGAAUGAGCUUAAGUUGUUGGAAUUCAAGGCUCAGAAUGUUGAGCCUCCUUAUAUGGAAAUUCUACGUUGGCGUACAGAUCAGAAGUAUGGCCGGAGGCCUCCUCGUCGCAAGGGUCCUAAUGGUCUUGGAUUGAGUACCGGUGGUAAAUCGGGGAAAGAGUCUCCUUAUGGUAGUCCAACACCCAGUGAAGAACGUGGAAGGUCGCCCCAUCGCUUCCCCAACCGUGCAUCUACUCAGAGUCCCAAAACACAAUUUGGUAUAUCCAGCCCUCUUGCUCGCGUUACGGAAGAGGCUCCAAGCCCUGUACACACAGGAGCGAGCACCGAUCUUCCUGAGAACACCAUUGAGGGCAAUGGAAAGGAAACACAGAGCGAAGAUCUAAUGGAAGUGUCAACACCACAUAUUACGGGUAAAGAAAAUGAGGGACUCUUAGACGACAAGGGCGCUGAGCAACAACCGCCAGAGUCAGAGAAGCCGCAGAAGCGGGAAUCGACGCAAGGAUCUUCUGGCGCUACUGCUUUGGAUACUGAGGUCUUGGGUGAGAUGAAAAAUGUGGCCAUCUAGAUCUGAUUCAAGCACCUUCAUACAUUGUUUC